UAAGGAUAUGAACAAGAAUGAAACAGAUCCUCCCAUAACUGGAAGAAGAGGGAAAUGCUCUGCUCUGAGGAUAAAUUCAGCCCCCACUCUCAUAGAAGCAGCCAAAUCCUGAACUGAAGCAGUGAGUCAGCAGCCUGCCAGUCUUUGGGAAAGAAGCUGGUCAUUGCUCAGGUCUCUCUGGAGCAACCUGAAGACAGGGAGCUGGCCUCAAGGAGACAGCCAUGGCAACUGCAGACUACAACACUGAUGAGCCGCUGCUCAGAGACAAAGGGAAGCAAGAUCUCCAAGAGAUUCUGGAAAAUGUGGGACUGGACACUGAGUUUUGGCUGCCCAAACUGCAAGAACACCUGGGUGUCACCUGUGCUCAGGCCUUACAAUACUUAAAAGAAAAAGACCUGCAGGUCCUGAAAUCCCAGGUGCAGUAUUCGUGGGAAAAAAGGGCCCUGGAGAAGCUGUUUGACUUCUCACACUCAAAUAGUCAUCCAGAGUCACAGGAGUCACCAGUGGAGAUGGCAAACAAAAGGCAGAAGCAGGCAGAACAGGCAUUGCAGGAGCUAAAGGACCUGCUUUUAGAAGGAAGGCAGAGGGAGGAAGAGGCAGUGAGGAGGAAAGAAGCAGAGCUGAGGCAAGCAAUGGAGAUCCCUGAAGAAUACUGGCCACUGCCUGAAAAGCCCCUAACACAAGUCAUGGAAAUCGUGCAGCAACAUCUCAAUCUCAUGGAACAGACCUUGUCCCACAGGCAAAAUCUUUCGGAGAGAGAUCUGGUAAGAUGGGCAUCUGGAGGCCUUGCCCUGCAGGGAAUUUAUCAAACUGGCCAAGAAAGGGACCUGGUACAGAAGAGAGAAGAGCUACUCGGGGUCUCCAAGGAGUUCUCACUCUUUGGCCCUCAGCAGAGCACACGGAUGGAAACAAAAGAAUUUACAUCUUCUCAAGCAGAAUCCAUGUUCACCCAGACUAUAGAGAAGCUGGGCUUCAGUGUAACUGCCUCAGCCAAGGGUAAAGGAUGGGGAUUUAGGUUAGAAGGUGGCACAGAUAAAAGCAAAUAUUCAGACUCCAGGGAAACACAUCAAUCACAUUCUGACCACUCUUAUUUUUGCUCAACCAAGUUCAGCUACAUUCCCCUGGCCUGCUGCCACUUUCCCACUGAUCAACUCCAGUUCUCCAAGGCUGCUCUCCAGGAACUGAAAUGCAUUGAACACCUCCUGGAGCAUACUGCAUCUCCCUUGCUGAAGCAAAGGACUGAAAAUUUCUUCCACAAGUUUGGUUCUCAUGCUAACCAAGGCCCUCUUCAUCUGGGAGGAAUCUACUGGUGGAAGGCAAUUGCAGAGGGCUUCCAGAAGGACCAGCUAGAUGAUGUCAAGCAACAGGCAUCAGAGGCCUUGGAAAUUUACAUAAGGGGCAGCUACAGUGGCUUUGGAGUAAAAGUUGCUGCAAGUAUGAGUCUGUCAGACUCACGUUCAAAAAGAGCUUCUCAGACCAAAACUCUUCAAACUCAUCAAGCCAAUAUCCAGUUAUCUGUGGCACAGACCGGUGGCCUACCAGAGGCAGAUGGCCUUCUCCAGUGGAAAGCUGGCCUGGUGGCCAGGAAUCAAACCUGGUGUGUCAUAGACCGGGGCCUGAAGCUGGUGCCAGUUUGGGACAUCAUUCUUGUCAGCCACAGAAGGGAUUUUAAGGAUGCUCUAAAGGUGGCCAAAUUCAUGAAAGACAACUACACUGCUCUGACUGGCUUCACUGCCCAGAUCCCAUAUGGAGAGGAAUUCCUGAGUGCUGAGAAAGAAGCUAGAAUUUUCUUAGAGGAAGUAGACUCCUGGGAAGUAUCUGAUCCUGAAGAACAGCUUAACAAACUGAUGAAUCUUAUGCAAAUGUUGUGUAAAAAAACAGCAAGUUAUCACAUUUGGAUUGAUAUAUGCCUCACAAAUUCAGAUCUGCAGAAUUUUCUACUAAAUACAGUCAACUUUUGUAAAAAGUCUUCCUUUUAUGAAACUAAAUUUAUUAAAUCUCAGCUGCGCACACUUCUGGAUCCUCAUGUGUACAAAGUGACAAACUUUCCUCAGGCUCACUCCAUGAUACAGUGGAUCUACCAGUCAGAGUCAAAGCAACAGGAAGUCUGUAUCUCCCAAUUUUCUGAACUGAUUAAAAUCUUAAAAGGAACUCAGAAUGACCUCUUGGAAGUGAAGGUCAAAUCUGAGUCCCCAGAAACAGUGAAAGAGGCUCAAAGAAAAGUCACUUAUAAAGUUGGCUUGGCUCUUACUUCCUUUUUGAAUUACCUUAAAGGGGCAGAGCAGACAGACACACAGCUCUUGUUACUUUCCAUUGCAGCUGGUGCAGGAUAUCACUCGGUUAACAAUACUUUUCAGUAUCUUCUGGGUUGUGAUGAGUUAAACUUUCUACUGGAUGAAAUGCAAACUGCCCACAAUAAAUACCAGCAGCUCAAAAGGAAUUGCAUCCACAGGGCCCAGGCAUUCCUGGUGCUUGUAUGUCUGACAGCCUCUGUUGGAGUCACAGCUAUUUCUCCAGAAGAAAAAACACAGCACAUGGGGUUGAUCAGACAAUAUAUGGGACAAUCCUUGUCCAAGGAAGUUGCAAAUGUCUUCAGUGAACCUGGAACAGGUCAUGAUUGGGAAAACCUGGAAGAAGACUUGAGAUUGCUCAUUGAUAGGGAUUAUGAAGACAUCACAUCACCCUUGCAAGUUGACAAAAUCAAAGAACAAUUGCAAAGUCUCCUUGGGGAAAAUAAACAGACAUACAAACCACAUGAUAAAGACAAUAUUAAAAAGGAAGUGAUAGAAAAUGGAGCCUUCCAAGAUUUACUCCAGCGUCUAGGCCUAGAACAUUACUUCCCAAAAAGGAUGGGGAGAGCUGACUUUCAUCUGAUCUACAAGACUUCUGUCUACAAAACCCAGCCCAGCUCUGAACGGGAGCUUCCUUUCUAUUUUCUCCAGAAGUUACUGAUGCUAGAUUAUGGGUUGAGAUAUCUGGUCUUCAGAGGAGAAGAAAACAUAGAACAUCAGGUUUAUCCAAGGGCCUCUGACCAGGAAAAUGAGACUUCUGAUCCAUAUGAGGACCUUUUUGAUGAUGGUUGUAGUCCUGUUCCCACUAAAGCCAGGCCACCUAUUCACCCAAUGGAUCUCCAGAUGGCAAUUUUUCACUGUGCAGAUGAUUUUACCAGACAAUAUAUUUUGAACAAACUUUCUAUUUGUCAAUUUGCCCUCCCCCUUAUGGUACCUAAUCCUUGUACUGUGCAAAUUGAAUUCUCUCUGUGGUGUCUCAAACAAAUUAGGAGGAGUUGGCAGAAUAGAAGUAAAUCACUGAAGGGAAACAAGUACAGUUUCAAUAACCAGCAGAUGUGUCAUGUCUCCACGUCCAUUGUGUCCUUCAUUAGAGUUGGGAAUGGUCUCUCUGCUUCCAAAUCUCAGAUCAUGAACUAUCUUCUCAGUAAACGGAAACAUGAUGUGUUUUUUCACCGACACUGCAAGGUAAGCAGCAAAAACUGUCUCUUGAUGGGUGGUGUGGUGGAAAUCUGCUGGUUCUGGCCUGGGGAAGAAGAUGAGGACAGAUUUGACAACUGUGUGACCUUCACCAAUCUUCAUGGUGAUGCAAAGGAACACAAGCAGCAGAUUGCUUUCCUGCAGGAGGUCUCUUCUCUCAUUUUGGUCCUCAUGUCAGCCUCCGAUGACAAUGAAGAAAACCGAAAAUUUGUUCGUGACCUGUGGCAGUCAUCACGAUUUUUGAUCUGCUUGCUUGAUGACAAAGAAAAAGAUGUGGUCAGUAAUUCUGGCAGAAAAGUAAGAAUUGGUAUCAGGAAUAGAAAUGAGGCAGAUUUAAUAAAAGAGAUCACUACUACAAUCAGACGGUUGCUAGAGCUCUCUGACACUGCUCUCAGUAUAGAAGGCUGUUCUCAGAUUGCUCGCAAGCAAGGAUUCCUUAUUGAUGAAGACCAGAGAGACUGUAAGGAAGCCAAAGAAAAGGCACAGAUUAUAAUGGCCCUCCUGGGAGAAAUGAACUUAUCUCACAUAAAGGAAAAUUUACUACCCCUUCAGGGACAACUGUGGCAUUGGUGGUGUAAAAUGGACAAAGAACUCUAUCAUCUAAGAGAGAAGGGGAACAGGAGCAUUGAACAACACAAGAGUGAUAUUGAAACAGAAAAACAAAUAAUAAGGCAUAAACAGUUGAAAAAAGCUUUUCCUCCCAAUGACUUAAUGCAGUCCUUCCUACAAAUUUUGCAACGCUCAAAAACUCAGGUCAAACUCUACUUUUUACAGUGGCUGAGUGUUUUCAUGGAUGGAUUCACUUCAGAACACUUGGAAAAUUUGCGUGAGAAGCAAAGAUCUUUCUGGUCAAUGAUACAAACAGAAAAGCAAAAGGCACAGAAAAGCAACUCCCUGGAUCAUUGGCAAAAGAAACUGGAAGCCAUCUCCAUGGAGAUCAGUGCCUGUACCUUGGGAAUUGAGCAGCUUCUCAGAGAAGUUGGGCAGAUGUAUGAAGCUCUGGAAGAAACUUCCUGCAAAAGAGAUAUCGUUUUUCUCUCUCUUCCCCAAAUUGCUGCAGACCUCAUGGUAUCUGGUGUCCCCAUUGAGCUGAUGGAUGGGGAUGCAUCUUAUGUGCCUCUAAAAUGGGUGGUGGCUGUAUUUGACAAGGUCUCUGAGAAACUUCCAGGCAAGAAACUGUUUGUUCUUUCUAUCCUUGGCCUGCAGAGUUCAGGGAAGUCCACCCUGCUGAAUGCUCUUUUUGGGCUGCAGUUCAGUGUCAGUGCAGGCAGGUGUACCAGGGGGGCAUACAUGCAGCUUCUGAAGGUGGAGGAGACCUUCACAGAGGAACUUGGAUUUGAUUUUCUGUUGGUUGUAGACACAGAAGGACUCAGGGCCCCAGAACUCAACAACAAAUCCCAGAAUAGAGACAAUGAGUUGGCAACCUUUGUCAUUGGACUUGGAAACUUGACUCUCAUCAAUAUUUUUGGAGAGAAUCCAUCAGAGAUGCAGGAUAUCCUACAAAUAGCUGUCCAAGCCUUUCUGAGGAUGAAACAGGUGAAAAUCUCCCCAAGUUGCCUCUUUGUCCAUCAGAAUGUGGGGGAAGUUACAGCUAAAGAGCAAACCAUGGAAGGACGAAGGCGACUAGAGCAGAAACUAGAUGAAAUGGCAGCAACUGCUGCUGAGCAAGAACAGUGUUCAGAUGUAUCCCGCUUCAGUGAUGUCAUUAAGUUUGAUGUCAACACUCAUGUCCACUACUUUGCUCACCUCUGGGAUGGCAAUCCCCCAAUGGCCCCUCCUAAUCCUCAAUAUAGUCACAAUGUCCAAGAACUAAAAAGUAGAAUUCUUUCAAUGGCUAAACAGGAAUUUAGGGGAAAUAUCAUGAAGAUAUCAGAUGUGAAAUUGCAAGUUAAAGAUUUGUGGAGAGCCCUUGUCAGUGAAAAUUUUAUUUUCAGUUUCAGAAAUACCCGAGAGGUCGUGGCCAUGAGCAAACUGGAAACCAAGUAUAACCAGUGGUCCUGGAAGCUGAGGAGUCACAUGCUGCACUUGCAGAAUCAGCUGAACAAUCAGAUUCAGAAUGGGAAAAUUCAGACACUCAAAAUAAGCUCACUGGACGAUCCAAUUAUAAAAACAUAUGAAACCAUUAAGGAAGAUCUUGAGAAGUAUUUUAAUGAAGACCCAGAGAGUGAAAUACUGAUUCAGUGGAAAGGAAAUUUUGAAAAUAAGUUACUAAUCCUAAAAGAGACACUUAUUUCAGAUGCCAAAAGAGAAGCCAAUAAAUGUAUUACUCUUAAAGAAAGUCAAGAAACAUUGGAUAAGAAAAAGAUGGGCUAUGAAAAUGAAUUAUUGAAGAGGAGCCGAGAGUUGGCCUUAGAUGUAAAAGGUAAAGCACUGAGUGAGGAGGAGUUGCAGGAGAAAUUCAAUCAACUGUGGAAUGAAUGGGUCUAUGAUGUGUCCUCAAAUCUUCCUCCCACAAUGGAACCUAACAUUGAGGUGGAUUCUGAAAACAUCCUUUUGGAGCAUUUCAUAAAGGAGAAAAACAUGGUGAACUUACUAAAGACAAAUUCUGGAAAAAAAUUUCAAGUCAAGUAUGAUGAACAUGUCAAAAUGAGUAAGACAUAUGUAAUUUACCGAAAACAAUUAGAAGCAGGUGAUGAAGAGUUAAUUCAUAUGACUACUAACUGCAUUCUUUCAAGAUUUGAUGAAACUGUUGCUAAUAUUUGGAAGCAACAUCGUGAUUACAAUGUAAAUGAUUUUCAUGAAAUUCUGAGAAUCAUAGAAGAAGAAGUGAUAUCUGUACCCACGAAGGAAAGGUUCUCAUUUACAAGUAAAUACAAAAUGGAAUUAGCUUUGUGUUUAUUCCGAAGAGCAUCAAAAAUUUUUAAUGAAAUGCAUAAAGCAUUCAAGACUGCAAAUGAUCCUGUAAUCUCUCUGCAAAGUAAAAAAGAUGACUUCUUCAUGAGUUUCAAGAUCUCCUGCCAAGGAGCAACCUCUAUCAAGUCAUUUGUAGAUUUUCUGUGCAACAAGCUCAUUCCUGCUGUGUCUACCACCAUAUGGAAAAUCAUGGCCAUUAGAAUUGCUGAGGACAUGCAGGCUACCUGCCCUGAGUUCAAUGGAAAUAGGGCUAAACUGGAAAAAUAUAUUCUCAUCUCUCUGGCAGAAGAAGAAAACUUUGAUAAUUAUUGGGAAUACAUUCAUAACCCAGAAUCCUUUUUUAAGACUUAUAUUGAAAAACAUAUUAAAAGAUAUUGUUUGGAAAAAGGAGGUGAAAAAAUAAAGACUUUUUCAAAAAUAAAUUUAGACAUCAUCAAGAAAGCUAUCCUCUGUGCUAUUCAUGAAUCCACAGAAGAAGCUAAAGAUAAAAGCAGCACUGCAUCUGAGUGGUUGGAUUUGUUCUGUGAUCACCUGGGGAACAACUUGAUCUUUCCACGAACAGACUUGAGAAGCAUUGAACACCAGGAGAUAAAAGAUAUUGAGUUUCUCAAAGAAGCCAUGAGUGUAGAGUUGGAUGCUGCAAUGAUGAGAGCAGAAGAAAAGUUUUUAAGUAUGCCUAAAGAUGAAAUGUUCCUUGUAAUUGAGAAAAUCCUCUCUCAACAACUCUGUGGCUGCUGGAAACAAUGUCCCUUCUGUAAAUCAAUUUGUACCAACACAAUUCCUGCACAUGAAGGAGACCACAGUGUUCCAUUCCACCGUCCUCAGGCUGUCAAUGGAUACCAUUGGCAUAAAACAGAUGAGUUUGACAUUGAUUUCUGUUCUACUGCAGUGGCAAGUGAUACACAGUUUGUUCUGAAUGACACCCUGAAAUUCCGAUACAAGACCUAUCGCCAGGCAGGAGGAGAUUAUGCCACUUGGAGUAUCACUCCGGAUUCAUCCUCCCAGACAUAUUGGAAAUGGUUUGUCUGUUCCUUCAAAUCAAAGUUAGAAGAAAAAUACCAGAAAAAAUUUAAAAAUAAAGGUGAAAUCCCUGAUUCAUGGACCCAAAUCACAAAGCAAGAUGUGCUUAAUGACUUGAAAAAAUAACUCAGUUACCACAAAAUAAUACUUGACACAAAAUACACCUUCUAUACAUGAACAAAAAUAUCACAGUCUAUAUUCCAUACUACA